AUGGAACACCCUCACAACGCCAUUCUUCUCUUAUGUUCUUCGCACGACAACAAUUGUCGCCCUUACAUGUGUGACACAAGCCUCCGCCACUCCAAUUGCUUCAACCAGUUCCGUAAGUCCUUUGAAACUCUGGCCGCCACCGGUGAACCAUCGUCCACCGCCACCUUCCAGAAGUCAAAAGUGGUAUGUCCGCUCUGUCGGGGACAGGUGAAAGGGUGGGUGGUGGUGGAAGCCGCCCGUGAGUUCAUGAACACGAAAUCAAGAAGCUGUACAAGUGAAACGUGUCAGUUUUCAGGGAUGUAUUCGGAUUUAAGGAGGCACGCGAGGGUGGUGCACCCUCUGGUAAGACCAUCGGAGGUGGAUCCUAGGCGGCAGCAGGAGUGGCGGCGGCUGGAAGGAGAGCGAUCUUUUGGAUUUUUUGCGUACACUUGA